AUGACAGGCACAUCAUCUUUUGAGGAUAAUUCAAGCGGAGGGCUGGGAAGGAGUCAUAUAUUACAAGCAGGAGAGGAGCCCCCAGAUGAUGAGUUUGCAGGCAUAUUGCAGCAGAUAGCUGACGAUCUUUACGAUGAAGCCAAGAUUGACAGCCUCGCUGGUCAGCUGGGAAUCCUACAUGGUGAUAUACAGAGAGCGCUCAUGACCAAUGUGAAGUUCAACCGUUUUACCAGUGAUGGAACUCGCCAUAUGCUGAAACAAUGGAGAAGAGGUGUGUCCAGGGAAGAUGAACGGAUUGAGCUAACGAAGGCACUGCAAGCUGCCAAGUUGGUCAACCUUGCAGACCUGUAUCUCAGCAAAGGUUUAGCAGAAGAACAGAUCGAUGCUGAAUAUGCCAACGAAGACGUCAAUGAUCAGCAGCUCUCUAAUAUAGAUGAGACCUCUCUAGAACAGGACCGGACCAAAGGACACACUGACAUCCAGGUACUUCAGGAAGCUACAUCAAGCAGUAUCCACCCUCCCCGAGAUGGGCAUUUAGGAGACAUGGCUUCCAAAACCCAGGAGGACUUGACAGAUUGA